CAACUAUAGCUGGUGAUCUUUCUCAACGAGACUCAGUCCUCUCUGAGCAGAUCAACAGAAAUAGAGGCUAAACACUGUCAUUAAAGAUGGGAGACUGGGGGUUUCUGUCAACCUUGCUGGAAAAAGUCCAGUCACACUCCACUGUGAUUGGCAAGAUCUGGAUGAGCGUCCUCUUCCUGUUCAGAAUCAUGGUUUUGGGUGCAGGUGCUGAAAGCGUCUGGGGAGAUGAGCAGUCAGAUUUCGUCUGCAACACUCAGCAACCUGGUUGUGAGAAUGUGUGCUACGACCAUACUUUCCCCAUCUCGCACAUUCGUUUCUGGGUGCUCCAAAUCAUCUUUGUCUCCACGCCAACACUCAUCUAUCUGGGCCACGCCAUGCACAUCAUCCACAAGGAGAACAAGCUGAGGGAGCUGCUCUCCAGCCCUGGUGGCACCCAGUGCAAAAGGCCCAAAUACACAGAUGAAAGGGGGAAGGUGCAAAUCAAGGGGAAUCUACUGGGGAGCUAUCUGACCCAGCUUGCAGUCAAGAUAGUUAUUGAGGCCGGCUUCAUUGUGGGACAAUACUAUUUGUACGGCUUCGUCAUGGUCCCCAUGUUCCCCUGUUCUAGAAAGCCCUGCCCCUUCACUGUUGAGUGCUACAUGUCUCGACCCACAGAGAAAACCAUCUUCAUUAUUUUCAUGCUGGUGGUGGCCUGUGUUUCUCUGGUUCUGAACGUCAUUGAGAUGUUCUACCUGAUUUGCAAAAGGGUCAGGUGUAGACGUCGCCCUCAUAAGUUUACCUCUCCAGAAUAUCCUGUUAGCCUCUCAGGUCCAAGGUGGCCAACUGCAGAGGACGCCCUCAAGCAGAACAGGAUGAAUGCAGAUCUUGAAGCCAGCCACAGUGUUGCAGGGAGCUUGGAUGGGGCCAAGGAUGAGAAACGACUCCUGAGCGGUCAUUAAAAACCACGUCUGUGACAAUUAAAAUGUAUUAUCUUGCUCGGUGUCUGCAUUCAGAUACAUCCAAGGGACUGAAAGACAAUAGAAAAGCUUUGUCAAAGUCUUCACAGAAUACAUUGUUGUAUUUUUACUUAUAUAUUCUUCUGGCAUUUGCUUCCAUUUCUUUGUAUAUGCCUGAAAAUCUAUUACUAAAAGGUGCAAUACCAACAUAUUUAUAUUAUACGAGCAAACUUUAGCUGCCAGUUCUAUACUGCAAAUCAUCAAAUACAGCAAUUUAGUGUAAAGUAGAUUAUAGCAGGAAAACUGUCAACUGAACAGUAACCUACUAGUAAUCCUGCCAUCAGUAUUCUGCUGACAACAUAAAAAAAAUUGCAAUGGUUUAAUGAGAAAAACUGUCUGUAUGCCCGGUCAUGUUCUCUAAGUUAUUGUCUUGUUCAUUUUCUAUGAGUUGAUUUACCUACUGGAAGAUAAAAAUGAUGUUGUUUGUUACGUGUAAGCAGCUUUUUUGUAUGCUUAUUUGUUUGAAAUA